AUGGCAGUAGAAACGAACAAGGAAUGGCACACUUAUGUGGUCUCACACUUUCCCAGAAGACUGACCGACUUUCGCGGCAAUGAGGUGGAUAGUGACAGCGUUGUCAGCGAUGAGAUAGAAAUCCAGACAGGGCUCAAGCCCGUUGAUAUACGUACUGGGAGACAAUUCUCGGAUAAUCCCUUGACCAAGACUCUACUUGUGUCCUUUCUCAAGCCCACCAAGAGAUUCUGGUCCCUCUUUGGCAGCCGUGCAGCCAGACUCAUAGACAAAACCGUCCAACCUAAACAGUGCGAAACGGGGGACUACCACUUUGCCCGCAACUGCCGUAGACAGCCAGUCUGCCGACGCUGUGGCAAGACUGACCAUAUCGCAGACGGCUGUGCUGCACCAGAACAGUGCGUCAAUUGCUUAGGGCCCCACGACGCCAGCCUUCGUAAGUGCCCAGCUCGGCCGAAGAAAGUGCGCGGCGUCCUUCGCCGGCUUACCAAAGAACAACGAGAACAUGUCCGAAUGGUGGGCGCGGAAACAUACCGACAACGAUAUUCAGAAACACAGCUAGAGACGCAUAUGGAAUCCCAACAAGGAGCGUCUGAACUGCGAAGGGGCGACAUCGGACUAGAUGAACAGCCAGACGCUCACGCUCCGAGUCCAGCUGCAUCGGGAGCACCCUCGUGCAUCAUGGUGGCCACAGCUCCCCGGGCUACCUACGAAGCAGAGGAAGGAGCCUGA